CGCAGUUCUUCUCGGGGACGAGCUUGUUCGCGGGGGUUUAUCCUCCCAUCACCAAUCCAUUUUUUCUGGCGAGUUGUAGCUUCCAAUUUCUGGAAUUUCUUCUUUUUUCAUUUCGAAGCUUCGAUUUCAUCUGAAGAACUCAGCAAUGGUGUUUAGCAGUGGCGUCUUUGUGACCCGUACGUGUUGCUCAAGAAUGAAUACACCGAAUCCUGUGUUUCGCCGGAGAUUCUGUGGAGCCACGGCUUGCUCUGUUUCUAUGAAUGAAGCCGGUUCGAAGAGGACGAAGAAGAGCGAGAAGGAGAAGGUGAUUGUGAUUUCUGGGCCUACCGGAGCUGGGAAAAGCAGACUCGCCAUGGAGCUUGCGAAGCGGCUUAAUGGGGAAAUCAUCAGUGCAGACUCCGUUCAGGUUUACCAAGGCCUUGAUGUUGGAUCAGCCAAGCCAUCAGCAAGCGAUAGAAAGGAAGUGCCACAUCAUCUUAUCGAUAUUUUGCAUCCAUCUCAAGACUACUCUGUCGGGCAAUUUUUUGAGGAUGGAAGGCAAGCUACAAGAGACAUUCUUAACAGAGGCCGUGUUCCCAUAGUUACUGGUGGUACUGGGUUGUAUCUACGGUGGUUUAUUUAUGGGAAGCCAGAUGUGCCAAAAGCAUCUCCUGAAGUUAUCUCUAAGGUCAAUGAAGAACUUUCCGAUUUGCAAAGAGCACAAAAAUGGGAUGCAGCUGUGGAGUUGGUAGUCAAGGCUGGUGACCGUGAGGCUCAAUCUUUGGCUCGUAACGACUGGUAUAGGCUACGGCGUAGCCUCGAGAUAAUCAAGUCAAGUGGAUCUCCUCCUUCCGCCUUUCAGAUUCCGUACAAUUCUUUCCGGGAAAAUUCUGAUUCGCCCAGUGCCAGUGGCCAUGAUGAUAUUGGCUCUUCUGCUGAGCUCUCUGUUCAAAAUACGCCAGCUGACUUGGAUCAUGAGUUCCUUUGUUUUUUCUUGUCUAGCCCUCGGGUUGAUCUCUAUAGGUCGAUUGAUUUCCGAUGUGAGGAUAUGGUUUCAGGUAGUGAUGGAGUGUUGUUCGAAGCUGGAAGUCUUCUUGAUAUAGGUCUUCUUCCAAAUUCAAAUUCUGCAACUCGUGCCAUUGGGUACAGACAGGCCAUGGAAUAUCUAUUAAGAUGUCGACAACAACAUGGCUCAAGUAACCCAGGAGAGUUUUAUAGAUUUUUGAAUGAAUUUCAGAAAGCAUCAAGAAACUUUGCGAAAAGGCAAAUGACAUGGUUUCGGAAUGAGCCCAUCUACCAUUGGCUCAAUGCCUCUAAACCAAUGGAGAGAAUACUUGACUUCAUUUCUGAUGCAUAUGAAGAAGACCAAGCCGAAACACUGGUGGUACCCGAUUCUCUAAAAAUGAGUAAAGACACGACAGCAGGCCGAGAAGCUUAUGAACUUAAGGCAUACCGCCCUAAAAACAGGCGUUUUAUAAGAAGGGAUGACUGUUCUGAGGUAUUAGAGUGGAUAAUGAAAACCCAAGGAAGCAGGACUGAAGUUCCAUGCUUCUGAUUCCAUACUGCUAAAAACUGAGAGUAUAAAAGCACAAAAGAAUUGCUGCAAUGGAGGUAUAAGGUAUCCUGAGUUUUUCUUCUGUGUUGGGUGAAUAUUAACAGGAAACUGAAAUCCGUCUGUUGUUUUCGGUCUCGGCCUUGGGUUUAGGCUCUGCAUUUCAAUUUAUGAAACCCUAGUUAUCAAUUCAAUUCCAUUUUUAUGAUUUGAGUAUAUAAUGAGGUUACUGCAAUUUUUUUA